UAUACUGAAAUAUUUUGCAGUACUUAUUCUCAUAGUUUCUAUUAUUAGAAGCAUUUUUAGUACUAAUCAAUGAAAUGUGUUUGACCUAUGAAGAUGUUUUUCUCAAAUACCUCAAGAUAAACUUCUCAUCAAGUAUCUAAUUAUUUAUGUAUUAAAUAAUAAUAAUAUACAGAGGAUAUUGGAUCACAAGACAUAUAUGUGCAGUUUGCACAUUAUUGGCAUAAAAUAUGUAUAUAAAGUAUAAUGAGAGGAUAAGAUCUCUUUAGAUUGUAUUGAGCUUUCAACAUUAUCCAAAAAAGUUACAUCUGUGAAUUUAAUUAAAACAAUUAUUUAAUAAUUUAUAAAGCAUUGGCGAACCUGUCUAUCUAGUUCAUUCCAUAUUGUGAUACAAAAAAAAACUAAGCUUUCAUCGACACUGCACGUGUCUGCGCACAGGAAUUUCGGCAUGGCGCCGAAUAAAAUUAAGGAAUGUCUUUUUUUUUCUUGUGUCGCGUCAGCGCGAUUUCCUAGAGCGGGUAAAUACUUUCCGGAUCCCGUGGACUCUGCUCCUCGUACUGACGUAUGCACGAAAUCCGGAUAUACGAAUUAAAGUGGGGGCUCUCGGAGGCGCGUAGUCACCACUGAGAUGCUCAUGUCAACAUAAAACGAAGCGGCAAACGAGACCGGAGCUCAGUGUGUACCAGACGGUCGAUCGCUACACGAUCUGUGCGAAAGCUUCAGUUGUUGAUUGUUUGCCAACAAUCGUGACAGCGACAAUUGCGCGUGAUUUUUCAUACCGGUCGGCGUGAAGCGAGUGUCGCGAAUACGUGAAAACGAAGAAGAAGAGUAAACAAGCACGACAAAGACGACGACGACGACGACGAUGAUGAUCAGCAGGACUCUUAUCGUGAAGGUCACCACCUGCAUUUUGCUAGGCUGUUGCGUGACGAUGCGAGUUACGGGCUCGGCGAUACCGAUGUGGGAAUUUCUCUCGAGAGAUGAGAAAAUGAGUCACUUGUAUGGAUUAUUCAGUAAACAAGUAGCACAAUUCUGUGCCGAUUCAUCGAGGCCGGACUGCAAUAAGAACCUGCUUGUAUCCGGUAUAAGGAGCCUCGCCAGCAUGAACGACAACGUUCUCGAUCAGCUGGAUCCCUAUCAGCGCGGCGCCCAGGAAAUGAUUUGGCGUGCCAUGGUAGGAAACAAUAGAUUUACAUCGAGAAUUAGCAACGAAAAUGACGAAUCUUAUUUUACAACUGGAGCCGAUUUACUAGCGAGUAGCGGCAGCGAGACGAACGGCCUCGCCGAGGAGACUGCUGCGAGUGGAGAUUACGUUCUACCAUCGGAAUCGAAUAGGCCGUAUCUGGCGGGCCCGAUGGUAAUACGUGUCUAUCCAGACGGCCGACCGGUUCCAGAGGAUCAGAAGCGCCCGUUGCCGAGGGACGAGGACAUCGAUGAACUCAGAUACUCCCGUUUGCCAUCGAUAGAAGAGAUCGAGGCUAAGAGCGGUAGCAAGUUCUACGGGAAAGGCGCGAACGAACCGACACCGGCCAAAAGGAGAAUGUCCUUCGUGACCGACAAGGACUAUCGACGAUCGGAACAGCUACGUCUUCACGGCAAUCCGCUGGCCUACGAAAGAAUGGUACUUCGACGCGCGAUUAAUGAACGUGGAGUGCGUUACUAUUGAAGAGAAAGAGGGAGGGAGAAGAGAGAUCUUUCGUAUUUUUUCCACUUGCUAAGAGACCUUCUGCGAAGCGGUUUCGCUACGUCGCCUCGUGAGGGAAUAGAAGAUUAUUGGAAAAAAAUUUCCGCUUAAGAUUCUGCGAAGAAAUGUUGCCGAGAUAGAUAACGUCGUGCUCACUGCGAUAAUAUAUGAAAAAUACGCGAGAAAAGCUGAAGAUAUCUAGUGAUACAUCAAUCGUGUGGUAGCUCGUUGCAGUAGAUUUCGAUUUAAUAACUAAUGUAUAAUUAAUUAUUAUAGUAUAAUUAAUUAUACAAAUUUAUUGUCAACGCGCAUUCUAAUUUAUCUGAUAUCGCCGUUGCGAUAAGUGUAUAAUUAUUAUACUCUAUUUUUUUAACUAUAUAGGAUAUGAAUGUAGGACGUAGCGGGGAAUGUGAUUUUAAAAACUUACAAUUAGUUUGAGAUAAAAGUUCAUUUAUUAUAAAUCGACACAUAUCGCAUAUGUAUCGAUUUAUAUAAAUAAAAGGAAUUCACGGUUUCUGAACCGCCUAAUUUGGCUUGACGAUUGGUCGGUUAAAUUUUUAUCUCGAUAGCAUGCUCGAAUAAUCGCCGACCAUGAAAUACCAUUUAGCUUUCACUUAUUUAAUUUUAUUCAUUUAUUAUUUAUUUAAUACUCAAUAUUUGUCAUGGCAGAAUAUUGCGGCACAAACAUUGAUGGAAUUUUUCAAUCAAUUGGAUUAUGAAUAAUUAAAAAUUUUAUAUUUUGUUCAUGUGUUAACACAAAGAAA